CAACAUCGCCCCCUGCUUCAACUUAAACCAGGUGAAUUUGAUCUAAUCUGCUUGAUCAGAUACAACUCCUUUGGACCCUCUGUUGUAUAUUCAUCAUUCAUCAUGCCUACAGGAACAUCGAACCUGGUCUGUGUGAACUGUAAGCUCCGCAAGAAGAAAUGCGACAAAGCGCGGCCGCGCUGUGGAUACUGCGCCCGAAAGAACUUGGACUGUCAAUCCUCCAUAGAUGCAAAAUACCCGCAAUUAAGACGCCUACCGGUGACCCCUAGUCCUGUCAUCGGCUCGUCCUUGCUCCUAGCGGAGACUUUGUCAGCUGUCUUGCAAGGUGAACCAACAAGCCUCCACUCCACAGUGUAUCUGCAAAUCCUCCGGAUCAUUCACUUGACCGAUCAAACUAUAGACGAAAUCUGCCUCCGAUACUUCCGAGGAAUGCAUUCUUUCAUACCGAUACUAUCGGCCCCGCGGUUCCAUGAACAACUGGUCCACUCGGCGGCGCUACCCUCCGCGACAUUCUCCGUACUGCUAUUGUCGAUGGCCCUGGUAACGUACCACCCUAGUCUGGUCGCAUCUAGCUCUGCUGUUGAUCAAGCGACCCUCUAUUUAACUACAAAAUCGCUGUACACCCAGGCACUGGCCUCUUUUCCGGAUUCUCUACUUCUUGUCCAAGCUGGUAUCAUCAUCGCUAGUUAUGAAUAUGCCACUCGAAGGAUUAAUGAAGCUAUUUGUUCUAUUAGCGUCUGCGCCCGGAUGGGCUAUGCUACUGGCCUCCACCUUCUCAGCUUGACGGAAGGAUCUGAUCAUUCUUCCCAAGUGGCAGAGAAAAAUAAUACUUGGUGGGGUGUUGUGAUCACCGAAAGGACCAUAUUAUGCGAAGCGGACAUUGUUCAACAGCCCAUCAUUUCCCGCUUUCCAGAGGGAGAGAUUUCACUACCAAAGGAGCCCGUGUCAUUGGAAUGGGACUCGGAUCUACUCACCGAUGCCGUUUCUCGAAGAUGUCCAUACGUUGACGAUUGCGAUGGAUUGGCUAGGGUGACCCAGGCCGUAUGGCUUUUGGAUCAGGUCUUCAAGGCCUCCGAAGAGCGGGAUGUCGAUGUCCGAUUGGCUCAGCUCGAUAAGCUGGAUUACUCUUUACGAGGAUGUCUAGCGUUGACAAUGGAUCAAUCCGAGGGCCGAUGGGGGCUAUUCUGCACAGCGAACGCAAUCAUCUUUAGGGCGCUCUUCAUUCUCCACCAAAAAGUGAUCCACAGCGCAACUGGGGUUGCGCGUUUGAGCUCCCAAAUUGCACUCGAGACAGCCACUCAGAUGGUGAAGGAUAUCGCUACUACUCAACACAGUAUGACCCUCGCAGAGAUGGAUACGCUACCACCGAGUCGGGCCUUUGUUUUCAGGGCAGCGCUACACUAUCUCGAUGAAUUUGGGACAAAAUGUGAUCGAUGGAACACUGUUCGGACCCAUCUUGAAGCAUCAUUAACAAUGUUUGAUGCACGUUGGAAUGCAAUCACUUCCCAAACAUCGUGAAAUACCCCUUCAGACAGCGCUUCAACAACAAUAAUUUACUUUCGCCAAUUGUCCCCCUGUCUUCCGUGUGGGUACGGUACGGAAUAUAAGACCAUUUACCGCUUUGAACUUGUGGCUUGCCAAGUCAAUUUCUGGAGAGAAAGUACGGAUGACGGAGUGGAAUUAAGGUCCAUGGACCCUAUAGGGAAUCAAGUGGAAGUUAGUCGAAGUCAUCAAUUGGGGCCAAAGAAGGACCGGACCGCCAUCCCGUCUGGGCAACUAAACCCCAUUGAGGUCAACGAGGAGGCUCUGAGCUCGGCUCCGAGCUCGGCUCACGGCUUUUACUUGGAAAACUUCAUUUCGCUCUGCUCUGAUUUUUUUUUUUUUUUUUUUUUUUUUUUUUUUUU